UAUUUUCCAGUCAUCUCUAUACACAACAUGAACCAAGACGGAAAGUCUUAAGAAUGCUCCUCCAGACAGGCUGUUGAAAAAAGAGGCACGCGACGUUAAGGCCUUGCCUAUACCAGAAGUGUAAGAAGACCUUUAGCCGCUUGCUAUUCCUAAUGGUGCUGAUACGAACAUACCACCCCACGCUCCAAAAUAGCGCCCAGGAGUAGGCGAUGAGACUGAGCUCUCACUGCGCGCGUCUCUUUCGAAUCCGAACUGCGCAUGCGCUAGCUCCCGCGGGACGCUCCUUCGUCGAUUCCGGGCGUCGCGACGGCUAAAACGAACGACUCUGCCACUCUGGACGCCGGGCGCCGUCGACCGACCACACUUGCAGGCACUCCACGCUCCACACCGCACUCCGCGAUCCACAUAGAACGAUCCACACUUAGUCAAGAUGUCGUCGGCCUCAGUUGCGAGGACCUCCAAGUACUCCUAUAGGUCAGCCGGCGCUUCCGGAGGAACUGCUGACGUCAGCAUCGAGUACAGCGCCGACCUGACGGCUUUAUCCAGAUUAGAGGAUAAAAUCCGUCUACUACAAGAUGACCUCGAAAUCGAAAGAGAACUUAGAUCUAGGAUCGAAAGGGAAAAAGCAGACCUCAGUGUCCAAGUUAUCCAACUAUCAGAACGUUUGGAAGAAGCGGAAGGUGGUGCCGAAAGCCAGUUUGAAAUGAACAAAAAACGAGACACUGAGCUGCUGAAGCUCCGCAAACUCCUCGAGGAUGUACAUUUGGAAUCAGAAGAAACCGCGUCCAUCCUCAAGAAGAAGCACCAAGAAAUUAUGAAUGAUUUCCAGGAACAAAUCGAUAUCAUGGGCAAAGCGAAAUCAAGAGCUGAGAAAGAAAAGGCGAAAUUCCAGACCGAAGUAUACGAACUCCUCGCCCAAGUGGAGAGCGUAAACAAAGAACGCCUUAUCAGCGUCAAGCAAGUGGAGAGACUCGAAAUCACCGUCAGCGAACUGAACGUUCGCAUUGAAGAACUCAACCGCACCAUCGUAGACAUCACAUCUCAUAAGACCAGGCUGUCCCAGGAAAACAUUGAACUCACCAAGGAAGUCCAGGACAUCAAGGUGAACUUGGAAAAUGCGAACUACUUGAAGAGCCAGCUUGCCGGUCAACUGGAAGAUGCCAGAAGGCGAGCUGAAGAUGAUGAGAGAAGGAGACAAAUCCUGGAGGCCAACUACCACCAAGUUGAGGUUGAGCUGGAAUCCGUCAGGGUACAACUUGAGGAGGAGAGCGAAGCCAGGCUAGAUCUGGAAAGGCAGCUGGUUAAAUGCCAAGGAGAAGUUCAGGUAUGGAAAUCGAAAUAUGAAACAGAAGCGGCUGCCAGAGCUGAAGAAGUAGAAGAACUCCGUCGCAAAUUCAACCAAAGAAUCCAGGAACAAGAAGAACAUAUCGAAUCUUUGUUGGUCAAGGUAAGCAACUUGGAGAAGCAGAAAUCCCGUCUGCAGUCCGAAGUGGAGGUUCUGAUCAUCGACCUGGAGAAGGCCAACACCACUGCUAGGGAGCUGCAGAAACGCGUUGAACAACUGGAGAGGAUCAACAUCGACCUGAAGACGCGAUUGGACGAGACAGUGCAGUUGUACGAACAGAGCCAACGUGAUCUGCGCGUUAAGGUCACCGAAUUGCAAAGAUGCGUGCACGAGCUGGACAAGACUCGUGAGCAAAAGGAUCAACUCGUUAGGGAGAACAAGAAACUGUGCGACGAUUUGGGUGAUGCGAAGGCUACCAUCUCUGAACUUACUCGCCGUCUCCACGAAGCUGAACUGGAGAUCCGUCGUCUGGAGAACGAACGUGAUGAACUCACAGCUGCUUACAAGGAAGCCGAGUCUGGUCGUAGAGCUGAAGAACAACGCGCUCAACGCCUAUCUGCUGAGCUGUGCCAGUUCCGUCAUGAAGCUGAGAAACGCCUGCAAGAAAAGGAUGAAGAAAUUGAGGCCAUUCGCAAAGCCACGAGCAUUGAGAUCGAGCAGCUGAACGCACGCGUCGUUGAAGCUGAAACCAGACUGAAGACCGAAGUCCAACGCAUCAAGAAGAAGCUCCAGAUCCAGAUCACCGAGUUGGAAAUGUCCCUGGACACUGCCAACAAGCAGAACAUUGACCUGCAGAAGACCAUCAAGAAGCAGUCAUUGACCCUGACUGAAAUCCAGGCCCACUAUGACGAGAUCCAGAGGCAGCUCCAGGUUACGCUUGACCAACUUAGCGUGUCCCAGAGGAGGGUACAGGCACUCACCGCUGAAGCUGAGGAGAUCAGGAGCAAUUAUGAAUCUGCUCUGCGUGGUAAGAGGCAAGCCGAACAGAUGUACGAGGAAGCCAGCACUCGCGUUAACGAAUUGACCACCAUCAACGUCAACCUGUCAUCCUCCAAGGCCAAGAUCGAACAGGAACUGCAAGUUGUCGUCGCCGACUAUGAUGAAAUCACCAAGGAACUGCGCAUCAGCGACGAGCGUUACCAACGCGUACAGGCCGAGCUGAAGCACACCGUAGAGAUCCUCCACGAAGAACAGGAGCGCGUGGUGAAGAUCGAGGCCAUCAAGAAGAGCUUGGAGAUCGAGGUCAAGAACCUGAGCGUACGAUUGGAGGAAGUCGAGGCUAAUGCCAUCGUUGGAGGCAAGCGCAUCAUCAGCAAGUUGGAGGCCCGCAUCCGGGACUUUGAGGCCGAGUUGGACGAGGAGAAGAGGAGACAUGCUGAGACCAUCAAGAUCCUGCGCAAGAAGGAACGCACCGUCAAGGAGGUGAUGAUCCAAUGCGAGGAAGACCAGAAGAACAUCGCGCUGCUGCAGGAGUCGCUGGAUAAGGCCAACCAGAAGAUCUGUCUGUACAAGAGGCAACUCCAGGAAGUGGAGGGAGUAUCAACCCAGAGCGUAUCCAGAGUUCGCCGUUUCCAGAGGGAACUGGAAGCUGCAGAGGACCGCGCCGAAACCGCCGAAAGUAACUUGUCACUCAUUCGCGCCAAGCACCGCACCUUCGUCACCACUAGCUCGGUACCCGGAUCCCAGGUCUAUCUGGUCCAGGAAACCCGUACUGCUGAGAUCUAAGCCAACCAUAGCCAUUUAAGUAGACUGCCACUUGGCAACGUCGCAUCUAUGGCUUCACUGCGUUCUUAUUGGAUAAAUUGACCUGUCAAACGUCGAACAUGGCAGGCAAGUAGGCGCUUAGUAUGACGUCAUGGCUGCAAUGAGUAGCGUGAUGAGCCACUGAUGUAACUGAGCCAAAAUGUGCAAGGAUGGGAACUCAUCGCUGCGCCAUUUUUGCUUGAUUGUACCCUACGAUGCUUUGUGUGUGCUAUCUUAACCAUCUACGACAAGGAUUCAUCAAAUAAACUACAAAUUCAACAUCAAACUAAAUAUCGUGGAGUACCGGAACUGUCUACACCAUAUUAUUCCCAUCCUUGCUACAGUUGUGUUGUCUGGUACUUGAUUUUAGAUAAUAAAUAUAUAUCAUGUCAUUUUUUUAUUUUUAUUUUUUUUUUUCUCGUGCACAUAAUAAAAUUGAACUAUACUCUCUUUGAAAUGUUGUAUUUAUUAUACAUGUCAUAACGAAACGUACAUUUUUCGAGUUCUUUGUCAUAUUCUCAUUUCAUCAAAGCGAUUUAUAUGUUCGAGAUCGCCGUACUACGCUACAAACGAAAUCUGUAAGUUUCUGGAUGUCUUCUUUGUUCUUUCAAGAUAUGCAGGAGUAUUGACAAUGUUAUGUAAGUUUUGAAUGUAUAAUGUAAGAAUAAAAUGCUUAUAAAUAUAUGUCUAUCAUUUUA